UACAAGAACGUUUUAAAUUCAUAAUAGCUUAUUAGUGGUUUUCACGCAAGGUAGUUAUUCUACUAGUUCUUAUGUUCAACUAUUCAACUUCGUCUUGCAUAUAAAUAUGAUGUGGUAUUUAACAUUGUGUUUGGUUAUGUUGAACGUAACUGCGUGCAAGUACAAUGUUAAACAAGCUAUGGAAAACAAAUUAAUUGUACCAGACAUUAUUCCCAUUGCUCCAAAGGAAAUGUUACUAGUAUACUAUCCAAGUAGCAUGAAAGCAGAACUUGGUAAUGAACUGACGCCCACUCAGGUGAAAGACGAGCCAUCAGUUAGAUGGAAUGCCGAAUCUAAUUCAUUCUAUACAUUGUGUUUAACUGAUCCUGAUGCAGGACCUAAAUUAAAGGAAUUUCACCAUUGGUUAGUAGGAAACAUACCAGGUUCAGAUGUAAGUAUGGGAGAGACAUUAACUGCAUAUGUUGGAUCUGCAACCCCCCCAAAAACAGGACUUCAUCGUUACGUGUUUUUAGUAUACAAACAACCAUCAAAAUUGGUAUUUAAUGAGCAGCAUAUAAGCAACAGAACUGCCGAAAAUCGUUUUAAGUUUUCAAUUCAUACAUUUUCAAAGAAGUACAAAUUAGGAACACCUGUUGCUGGUAAUUUCUAUCUUGCACAAUAUGAUGAUUAUGUUCCAAUUUUACUUCAUCAACUUGGAGUUCAAUAAUAAUUGAUWACUAAUACAUUGAAACCUAAUAUCAAUAUACUUGAGUAUUUACGAGUAUGUUUACAAUURCAUUACAUGUAUUAUGUAUAAUUUCUUUUUAUGUAUAUAUAAUCAA